UAGGAGCCUCCUGUUGGAGCUUUGGUGGCAGCAGUCAGCAGUAGCCUCAUAUACAGAGAGUGGUCUUGGGCAGGAGGUAAAUGUUGAUUCUGUACUGUGGUCUGAUUUCACAAAGAAAAGCUCUCACUCAGAAUUACACUCAUCAACUACAAUUUUCCUCUUUGGCAAAAAUGAUGGACACACCAAUCCCAUUAGACCCAGAAAUCUUUCUUGUGAAACACAACAAAUCACAAAUUGAUUAAAGGUUCAAAACAUUGUAUUGACAGUAUAUCUCGUGUUUUUUCCAGAAAUUGCUGUAUAAAAUUCACUAGAAAAUCAGAUUCUCUUCCUCUUUCUUUCUCAAAAUGGAUAUCACAGAUAUCAGACAGUAGACCAUUUGAGAAAAUGACAUGUCUUAAAAACCUGUAUGAUUUGUUGCUGCUUCUGUUGACAACUGUUUGGGGGCUAAAAGGUGACUGUAACUCCAGCUCUGAGAGCCUAAGUGCCCCAGGAGUGGUCAUCUGAAAAACCAACACAGGAGAGUAAGUCCCGCCCUCCUCUGUGAGAAAUUUAAGAUAGUGGUUAAGCCAAAGUUUUUGACUCCAUUUUGAAUAACUUCAUUCAAAUUCAAUGCCGUGGAAGCACUGGUAUCUAAUCAUGGUUCUUCUACUGUUUAUCCUCCUUUUUCAGUAGUCAAUACUAUUUAGCAGUUACCUCUUCCAGUUUCACAGAACAGGACGUUGAUAAAAUCUAUAGUUAAAAUUCACUUUGUUAUUAAGUUUUUAAAAUGAUUACACAGGAUUUGAAAUGACGACUGGACAAAUAGUAUACAGUAAAGUGUGAAAUAAGAUGUGAGACGGGUCAGUUAGGGUUGUUAUCUGUUACACUAACACUCAAUGAUCCACCUGUUUGCUGGAGUUUUCUGCUAAAACUUGAUUUAAUGUUUGUAAAAAUCUGAGGGCAGGAUUUUCUCUUGCAAAAAUCGUUGCCACAGGAUUGUACUUGUUUACGACCGCCUCUUUCUGAGGACCAUUAAAGUAAAUAAUGGAAAACAGUUUGCCUGUUUUUGUAAAUAUCCAGGUCAUACUCUUGAUAAGAUGUAAACUCCUGCAGUUCAUGCCAAGCUUCCACUGUGAAGAGCACCAGGCACUUUCAUGUCAGUAAAUGACCUCAUCAUCAUCAGCGCCAACCAGGAGACUCGUAGGGGCACAGGGUGGUUAAACAUUACACGACAGAGGGAAAAGCAGGGCUACAGACUGUAAACUUGCUGGGUGCAGAUAAGGUCAGGCACAGGGGAGGGGUCUCCCUUAUAAAAGUCUAGCUGACUAUCAACCCUGUUCCUGCAGAUAUGAUGAGGAAGCUGGGAAUAUUGGUGGCUGUUGCUGUGUUUCUGGAGACGGUCUCUGCGGCCUCUGUAAGUUUGACUUAAAUAUUUGGUGACUGUGAGGUCCUCUGUUUAGUAUCUUAAAUUUCUUGCAUGACUGUUGUUGUUCUGUUCUUUCCUCCUGUAGCUGGGGGUGGUGUACACAGAGGGAGGGAUGGUGGAGGGUGAGAGCAUCCGUCUCGGGCUCUUCAGCCGCAUGGACGUCUUCAGGGGGAUUCCCUUUGCUGACGUCCCCGAGAGGUUUCAGAAACCACAGCGUCACCCUGGUUGGGACGGUGGGUGGACUGAUGAUUUUCUAAUCUGUUGUCUUUUUGAUUAAUAAUGUUAAAAACUGUUUUGCAAACACCACAGAGAUGAGUGGUCCUUUGGCAACCAUGGCGGUUAACUCUGCAUAUCCUUCACUACUUGGGGUCCAAAAUAAUAUUGAUAAAGCUGAAAUAUUUAAGAGGAAGUGUUGUGUGAACUUUAAGGAGGAUGUGUAAUAUUGUUGUUUUCAUACACUACGCUAUGAUCAUUUCUAUCAAAGUUACUCUAUGGCAAAAACACCCAAAAUACCAGCCUAUGAAGUAGACGGAGGUAGUUUAGGCCCAAAUUAACACCUUAUUUUAUACGAUAAACAACAUAUCACAACAGUACUGCCUGUAUCCUGUUAUACCAUGUUAUGGGUUCUUGCUCAUUCACAGCUGGAACUUUCACAGACUGUGUUUCUCUCAUCAGGUGUUAUGAAGGUCACUGAGUUUAAGCCCAGAUGCAUGCAGGUGAAUCUCCUCAUGAGUGACACUAGAGGCAGCGAGGACUGUCUUUACCUCAACAUCUGGGUCCCUCAUGGCAGCUCAGGUAAAAACAAUGAGAGGCUCACUGAGUAUCUUGAAUAAUCAAAGAUCUGAACUUCACCGGGAUUCAAUCUUGUUUGCUCCACAGUGUCCAAAAAUUUGCCGGUCAUGGUCUGGAUCUAUGGAGGAGGUUUCCUGGCUGGAGGCUCCAUGGGGGCUAACUUCUUGGAUAACUAUCUUUACGAUGGGCAGGAGAUUGCAGACAGAGGGAAUGUCAUUGUGGUGACACUGGGAUAUCGUGUGGGGACUCUGGGCUUCCUGAGUACUGGAGACCCUGAGUUACCUGGUAUGUGACAGUUCGAUUCCCCCUUUAAGCAAAAAAAGAUCCUGGAGGAUGAUUUGUUUUUCAUACAUAAGCCGUCUCUCCUUUGAUACCUUGAUAAGGAAACUUUGGUCUGUGGGACCAGCAUGCUGCUAUCGCUUGGGUACACAGGAACAUCCGCUCUUUUGGAGGAGACCCCGACAACAUCACCAUCUUUGGAGAGUCUGCAGGUGCAGCUAGUGUCAGCUUCCAGGUAAGAAACUCGUGUCCAAAAUGACAAGACAGAUAACAUACAUAAAUUCAAGCAAUCACCUGAGCUACCAUUAGUCACUUGUGAUAAAUACUGGAUAAAAUCGAACAACUAUGAUAUUGUCUUUCUGUCUGCAGACUCUCACUCCUCACAACAAAGGGCUGAUCAAAAGAGCCAUCUCUCAGAGCGGUGUUGCUGUUUGCCCCUGGGCCAUCAAUGAAAACCCUCGCAGAUAUGCUGAGGAGGUACAUAGCAGUCUUUCCAACUAGAUAUGUUUCUGUUUUCAGACCUUGUCGUCCUUUCUCAUAAAAUCAACGAGCUGCACAUGUGAUUUAAGUGAAGUUAAAGACUAUUUGACGAGUUGAACUCCCUCCUCAGAUCGCUCUAAGGGUCAACUGCCCCACUGAUGACUCUAUGGCUGCCUGUCUGAAGCUGGCUGAUCCUGUAGCUCUUACCUUGGCUGGCAGUCUCAGUAUAACCAGUUCACCUGAUAGUAAGAAAUGCACUUUACAUAAUCAAGUUUCUAUGCUCUUUGUAAACAUAAAAAUGCACUGCAAAGACUUGGAUGGGCACCAACACACAAAUGAGUAAUGUCAGGGUGGCCACUUCCAAUCUGAGGUAAAUGUACAGUUGGCCAGAGGUUUUACGACAUUAAAUCCCUUCAGGGUGGGCAAGACCUUCUUAACCUGUAGGGAUUUUGCAAAGCACUAAACAUUAUGCUGCUUAUUACCUGGAGAUAAAGUAGAGAUAAUGGUUGGUAUUGAUCUAAAGGUCAUUUUAUUGAAUUUAAAAGGAUUCAUUCAGCAGAUAAAAAAGAAAUGUUUUAAUUUAUGGUCAAGUCCUAACAGCUUUACAGUUACAGAUUGCGCCAAACUUGACAGUUAAAAUCCAAACGUCUAAGUUUUGCUGUUGGCACUUUCAACAGAUGCAGUAAAAUAACAGCAGUAUCUUUAUCAACCUCUUUUUUCUUGUUACUUUUUACUCUGCAUUUUAUUCUCCCGUGGCAGUUUGUAGGUGCUUUGUGAGUGUUAUGUUCAGUUUUGUCAGCAUCCCCUACUCUUGAACUUCUCGGAAAGUUCAGCUGCCAUAUUUCAUCAGCUCUUCUGCCAUUUAUGCUCCUCCACUAGACCCCAUUGUGAACAACCUGCUUCUCUCUCCUGUGGUCGAUGGGGACUUCCUGCCUGACGAGCCUCAAAAGCUGUUCCACAAUGCUGCUGAAAUCGACUACAUCGCUGGAGUCAACGACAUGGACGGCCACCUCUUUACUGGUUUGGACGUUCCCUCAAUCAACUCCCAUCUGGUGGAGACACCCAUGUGAGUUCUGGGUAUUUGAUCUCACAGUUUAAGAAAAAGCUCAACAGAUCCGUGGAUUUCAGGCAACUUUUAUUCUUACAUCUGACACAUUAUUAACAAUUUUCUGAGCAAUUUAUUAUUCAGACUAAAACCUCUAACCUUCUCUGAUUGUAGUGAGGAUGUGAAGAGGCUCCUGGCUGCGUACACUAAAGAGGGUGGUGAGCCAGCUUUAGCAGAGGCGUACUCCACUUACAGCCAUUCCUGGGGAUCGAGCCCCAAUAAGGAGGCCGUCAAGACAACUAUUGUGGACAUUGGAACAGACUACAUCUUCCUGGUUCCUACUCAGGCUGCCCUCUACCUUCAUGCUGCCAACGCCACGUGAGAAUAAGUCAAAUUACUCAACAGUACAACUUGUUGUCUGUACAGUCUUCAGUCAUGCAGCUUCGAUAAAAUACAAUAAUAGAUCUAGGCAUCAAACAGCUUGCUCAAAGAGAUUCGUAGGCAGAUGUCUUGCACUUUUAAACUGUGUUUCUCUUGAUCUCUGUUAAGUAUUCAUUGUCACAUCCCUUUUUCUUCCAUGUCCUACCAAAGAACUGGCCGUACCUACUCCUACGUCUUCUCUCAGCCCAACCGUAUGGGGGGCAUCGGUAGACCGUACCCCAGCUGGAUGGGAGCUGACCACGCCGAUGACUUGCAGUACAUGUUCGGAAAGCCUUUCAGCACUCCUCUCGGUUACUGGCCAAGCCACCGUGACGUCUCCGGCUACAUGAUCAACUACUGGACCAACUUUGCCAAAACUGGGUACAACUCUGCAGACACACAUGAUGAACAAAAAAAUGAAAGACACGUGAAGGUAUUAAGCAAAUUCAUACAUUGUGUCUUUUCUCUGUUUUUUUGUCCACAGAGAUCCAAACAAAGGAGAGCGUGUGCCUGUUACCUGGCCUGAAUUCACCAGCUCCGGACACCCCUUCUUGGAGAUCAAUUCCAAAAUGAACAAGGAAUAUGUGAGAUAUCAGCUAAGGUUGAGCUUUGUUCAAUUCUGGACCAGCGUCCUUCCCAAACUCGCUGGAAUCAUCACAGAGUAAACAGCCUGUGCAGAGGCUGAAGAAACCUCAAGUAUCACAUCAAAGAGAAUCCUGAAAAAAUAAAUGGAUAAAAAACUUAAAUUACACUUCCUCGUUAUUUUUGUCCUUUGUCAUUUUAAUUAAAAAAAUACAAAAAGUUCCUACAGACCAACAGUCUUAACUGCUAACUGUUAACUUAACUGAAAUCAACUUACAGUCAAAAAAAAAAAAAAUUUAUAAGACCCCCCCUUUUUUUUUUACAACAACAGCAACCAAAUAAGGUACAUAUGGAGUGAGUUUUUCUACCCUGUGAGAGACUGCGUGAGCAAAUAGUUCAACAACUCCAGGAUAAUGUUCCUCUGAUUUCAUCAUCUACAGUAGAUACAAUCAUUCAAAAAUUCAGGGAAAUCUGGAAGACUUUUUGUAAACUGUAGAAUUGGACAUUUUAUCUUUUUUUUUUUUUUUUUGGAUAUCGUGGACAUUGCACUCUCUGCCCUAAAGAGUAGAAAGUGAUCACUCAGCUUGUUGUUGGCGCUUCAAAAUCCAGCAUCUGUGUUUAUGUCAGUAUGGAUAUGGGCCGUACAACCACAUCAUGGCUCCUCAUUGAAAGAUAUCUAGGUGUUAAACUUGCCUACCUUCACUUCUGUCUGGUCAACUAUUGAUAAUAAUUUUGCACUUUAUGGAAUAAACAAAUAAACCAAACUAGACUCUGAAAUGUCGGCCAGUUGUAAUCUCACACCAGGCAAGUAUGUGACAUUAUCCCACUCUGAAAACCUCUGGACAUCACCAAAGAUAGUCCUCACUCAAGGGUCUGAAAAUUACAUUUACCCACCUUUUUAUGUAACUUUUUCCACUACACCAGAUGUGGAUAUUACAGACUUGGUACCAGAAUUAACAUUUGGAUUUUUUUGUGUGAUAAGAUUGACUUGUUUGCCAAACAGAACUGCAUUUGAUCAUUUAAAACCCAGAACAGAUAGAAACUCACACCAUUUGUAGUAAAAACUGCGGGAAUAAGCAUACGGCAGCCAUUUUUAACUGCUGCAGAUAAAAGGACUUUCAAGUGAAGAAAGAAAAGCCUAAAAUAAAAAAGAUAUAUAUAUUUUUGAUACAAAACAAACACAUUCAACUUGGAACAAAUGCUAAAAUAAAUAUGCGGACACUGCUGGCAAAGGUUUGCAAAGUGUUUAGAGUUUAUUAGUUUUACCCUGGUGUUGUCUUGAGCAAACAAGUCCAUUUAGAUCCAGUAUGACCAGUGUGACUGUUUUCUUUUCCCAAAUCUGCCACAAUAUAUUUCCUUAGCGUUACAGUAACUUUUUCCAGAGCAGUGUUUUGCUUGGAUCUGCUGAGGAAAGAAGGUUUGUUGACUUUUUUUUUUACCUCCUCCUCUCCCUCCCUCUUGUGUGUACUUUCCCCAUCUGUAAAUGCAAUUUC